AUGUCCUCCCCAAAGAUCAUCCUCUACACCAACCACCUGUGCCCUUGGGCUCACCGCGCACACAUCGCCCUUAAGGAAAUUGGCCUUGAGUAUGAAGAAGUCAUAAUCGACCUGAGCACGCCGCGUGAGCCGUGGUAUCUGGAGAUCAACCCACGCGGUCUCGUCCCCACCAUCUCCUACAAUGGAACCAUCAUAACCGAGUCGGGCAUUGUCGCCCAGUUCCUCGCAGACGCCCACCAAACCCACCUCCUGCCCCCCUCCUCACCAACCGAGAACGCCCUCUACCGCGCCCGUCUCAACUUCUUCGUCGACGCCUUCUUCAGCAAAGUCCUCCCCUCAUUCUUCGCCAGUAUCCGCGCUGCCGAUGAGACCGAGCGCGAUGCCGCCGCCGAGCAGCUCGUCGCUGCUAUCGUGAAGGAGGUUGAGCCCCUUCUGGCAGACACCGAGGGCAAGGGUCCGUUCUUUGGUGGUAGUGAGAAGUUGACGCUGGCGGAGGUUCAGUCCGGCUCGUUCUUGUUGCGGAUUUUGAGCUUCGCUAAGCCGGAGCAUGGUCUUGUUUCUGCGAAGUUGUCGACUUUGCUGGAGCAGACUCCCAGGUUUAAGCGUUGGGCUGAGGCGACUAUUGCUCAAGAGAGUGUUAAUUUCAUUUAUGAUGAGAAGCUGGUUGCGGAUAAGAUGAGGGCUAGGUUUGCGCCGGCAGCGAAGGUUUAG